UACCGAAUCAGCAGCGUCAGUCGGGAAUCAGCCGUAUAAAACGAGCCGCGGCCUAGAGACGAGCUUCAUGUACCUCGUUCCUAAUCGGUCAUCCUUUUAGCCUCACUUUUGCAACGUUUGAAAUAGUUAUAAAAUUUCACGGAUUUUGAUUGUUUUGUGCUCCACCUGACAUUUUUACUGUCUUAACCGCGUGAUAAAGUCCGAAUUUUAAUACACUCCCUUUUGAUAUUUUUGUAUUGUCAGUUCCCUCAUGUUAAUUCCAGAGUCCACACUGAUCUGUUAGUCGAUACGUUGGUCAAAAUUCAGCCGAAACUUUGAAUCAUUUAUUGAGUUUGUCUAUCACAGUUGAAAUCAGGGUCUAAUAUAACUGGUGCUAGUGACCUGAUUGAUUUCAAACAAUUUCAGAUGGCUUGCAAGAUUGUUCUCUUGGGUAUCAUCGGAGUUGCCGCUUCCACCACUCAUCGAAAAGUCAUGAUCCGGAUGCCAAAACAAAUGAAGAAUACAGAGAUGAAGGAGGCAAUGUCUAAUGACCCACAAAUGCCCACAAUGAGUCAACCGAAAGACCAGAGUCCAGAACAAAGCAGAGUUGCGGUAGGAAACGAAGACACAGGAAAAGGAAAAGGGGAGUACUUCAUGGAUGUGUAUUCUCUUGAGACUGGCCCGGAGCAGCUAGAAUUCGGGCAUGUCUUGGAAGAUCCGAAUGAAUGGGAGCAACGCUAUGAGCGAAAAGACCAUGAAAAUAACAGAUUUCAAGGAAAGGUGAGAUGGGGUGACAAACGAGGAAGCUACGGCGAACACUACUGGGACUUUAAUCAUGGUGGCCAUGACAAAGAACAACCGGGGAUGGCCUCAGAGUCGCAAAAGGAACCGCAGAUGAUGAAGAUGAGUGAAACGAAGAGGAGCCAUGACUACGCCAUGCCGCAACCUUCAACCAAAAACCACCGAAUGAACCAGAGAGCGGCCACGGUAAAACCCGAUGUCAACGAGCGCGUCAAGCGCCACAAAAAAAUCCAACUCCCGAAAUUGGUGUUCGACACCGAGACAUGGACGGUCAUCGAUGAGAAUACCGACCAACACUUCUUUCUGCAACCUAUCGUGAAUCCAUAGUUCCUUGAAUCAAUGCUCAACGAGAGAUUCCCACUUGAAUUAAAAUGCGGUACUUCCAUUAGAUAUUUUCCGGGAAGAAAUUCUAGUCGCUUAAAAAGUAAUUUAUUUAAAAUAAACUAGAAUCGAUUUCUAGGAUUUUUUCCCCCCAAUUUGAAAGUUACUUAGAAGUGUUCCUUAGUUAAACUUUUUAUUGACGUCGAAUGAUAGGGAGGCGGGGAAAAGAUUCAGUUGAAUUCAAAGAAGGAUAACCUAACUCAUAAUAACUUUAUCGUUGUAUUUGUUGUCAAAACAUCUGGCCAAAUUAAUACAGCCAUUUCUUCUGAUUUCGUAAUGUUCUAAUUUUCUAAUUUUAACCGUUUGUUCAGUUUCUCUGAAGUUGCGAAGAAGGACCCCUCUUAAGAUUCAGCCCAAUGUCAUUGAAAACUCGUCAACAUUUGCUUACAAACGCGGAUCCACAUACCUCUAACGAAGGGGGUGGAAAGGGGAUCCGGGGGGACUUUCCUCCGAAAAUUGAAGAAAUUUUAAAGUAUUUAACGUGCAAUUUGAGUCCAUUUCGUCAUGAAUUAUUUCCAAAUAUAAGAGUCCUUCCCUCCUCUUUCGUCCGUUUCUUCCCUUUUUCUUGUAUCUUCCGUCCCUUUUUCUUCCUCCUUUUUUCUGGCCAAACGGGAUGACGUACAUCCCCUACGCCUCCCCCUCCCCCGGUCCACCUACGGUCACUCGAUAUGAUUAAAAUUAUUUAGUUUGAUGACAAAUUAUUAUCGAUUGGGAUACAUGAAUUUUAGUAUUUUGAACCUAAGAUUGAUUUAGUGCAAUUAUUUAGGGUUGAAAAUUGUAACCUGCGGGACGUCAUAAAUUUCCCCUUAAUUUAUAAUUUCAUCAAAAUCCGUUGAUUGUAGCUAUGCUCUUGAUGGAUGAGAAACAAUAACAAUAGAAUAAUUAUUAAUAAGCCAAUAAUUGUUGGAAUUUUAUUCAUUCAAGCUAUCUAGACGGUAUACUUUUUUGACUUUUCUAUAAUGUUUUUAUUGUUCAGGAAGGACACCGUUUACUUUUGUAUUGAACUGAAUUAGCACCUCAACGCCAUGAAAAAUGUGUCAAAACAGACUAUUUCUUUUGCCUAUAAAAUAUAAGCUCAUAUAUAACUUAUAUAAAAUAAAAGUUAAAUGCCUUACAGACUAUAGCCAUCCUUCAUCAUAUGUCAUAAAAAGAAAUAAUAUAAGCUCAGUUUAUCCAAAUAAAUUUUCCAGCCAUUUUUGAAAUUUUGGUCGCGUAUUUUUGUAAUUCUAUUCUUAAUAAAAUGGUUCUUUCAUUAAAGA